AAUAUUAGAAAAAAAAACAAGCAACAAAUUGAACAACAAAGGUUGAAUAAAUUUCCCAUAAAAUCCUAAUUUAUUCGAGAAUUCAGUAUCUUUUCUACAAAAUACAAGUUUUUUUUGUGUUACUGUUUCGGAAUAUCGUAUAGUUCAGUGAAUUGCCGCUGCGACUAUUGUUCAAAGGGGCAUGGUGCGGUGUCUAUGAAUGAAGACAGCUGUAGUCCAGUUUUUACGUUCGUUCGAAUAUUGAUUUUUCAAUUUAUGCUAGUUCCCAGAAUAAGUAACAACUGUUGAUAAUACAGUCAUUACGGCGAUCAAUCGUAAAUGGAAGCAGCUGGCAGGAGUUCCAUCAAGUGUCAGAUCGUUGAGCAGUCGACUCCAACGGGAUGCUCUAGAAGUGGGAGAGCCAGCAUGUUGUAGAGCCAUAAAAAAUAGCGAGAACACAUCAGCGGUUUCAUUUGCCAGGCUCUCGUGUUCUGGAGUAAACGCAUGAAGGAAGAAAACAUUCAUCAUUCUUCGUUAGUGAGGGCAGCAGCUGUGUCUUGCUUACUAUCAGAAGCAGCAGUUGAGUAUUGUGAUGUUAUCAACUGGAACACUAAAUCAAAGCUUUCGGCGUGUGCCCCUUUAUUCGAUAUAUGCAAGUGGUUCUUAAGAAGCGAAGUAAUUUGCUAGUGUUCGGGGAGAACAAUAAUAAGCGAGUGUGUGUUUAGAAGUUUAACGUUGAGUGUGCAUUUUUCGUGGAAUCGGUAUGGGAGGCUCGGUGAGUCAGGUGUUUCGAUCCGGAAGUGCCCUACUGUCCAAUCGUGAUGGACACAAAGUUUCGGAAGCGACCGUUGAUAAGGUGAACACAAUUUUCGAUGCGCUCAGGGCAAACCCAAAGAUUUCGAUUCAGCGAUUGGAGCCGCUUCUGUUGCAGAUACCGAAGUAUGAAAACAUCCUAGCAAUACACGAUGAAACAGGCUACAACCUUCUACAAAAAAGUGUAGGAUUAAACCACAUAGAAUUAGCCAGAUGGCUUUUACAGCGGCACCGCCCAGAUGUAAACAGAAGCUCCUGUUCGCUACCACUUCAUAUCGCUUGCCUUAAGGGUUACGAGGAAUGUGUAGAACUGCUACUAAAACAUGGAGCUAGGAUCGAUACUGAAGCGAGAAUGUGUUUCCCUGGUGCACACUCUCACAACUGUGAAGAGAGUGGAAAGUACAAAAAUCAAGGGGAUGACGUCGGUGUGUGCGAGAGGCCAAACACCAAAUUGCAAAAUGCGGUCUGUUACGCCAUCGACGGUGAUCAGAUCAACGUACUUAACAUCCUGGCCCAGAAAAUGGAGGAGCCGUGGAUGCCGUUCCGGAUACGAAAACCGCUGCUGCAUAUUGCGUGUGAACGGGGUGCCUGGAAGUGUGUCCAGCAUCUGGUCCAAACGAGGUCAGAUGAAAUUAAUCUCAUAAAAGAUGAAUACUACCCCAUACAUCAGGCUGUGCUACACGACGGACGCUUCCUGGAGCUACUAAUCCAGCAUGGUGCCAUUACAACUGUGCGAACAUGCACACAGCAGAUGACGCUGCUGCAUGUUGUUAUCCUAGCCGCUCGUAAAUCCGCCGAAGAUACCCUUAAUAUAAUCCGGAUACUGCUGGAACGUGGCUGUAAAGAACUUAUCAACAGUCCAGAUUCGCUUGGCAAUACACCGUUGCAUGCAAUUAUUGUACGCUAUGCACUAGAGGAGGCAAGGUACGGUUACGAUAAGUGGAACAAAUGGGAUGUGUUGCAUUUGGUGCGCUUCCUGUUGCAGAACGGUGCUAAAAGCUCAAUCAAUCAAACAGGGAACAGUGCGUUGGCCUGCGUCUUCCGCCACAUUAGAGACUGGGAAGUGUGUUAUGAGCUGUUGAACAUGCUGAUAAAGGAAGGAGGUGAUCCAAAUAUAGUGGGACGAGAUGGCUCAGUUCCAAUAAUGGUGUGCUUAGUGCCGCUGAUAAACAAGGACCCCCUACACCAUUUCACUCAUUCGAUGAAGGUUUGCUAUCUGAACUGCAUUCGGAUAUUGCUGCAGAAUGGUGCCAACCCGAACUGCUCGUACCGGUCGAAUCUGACACCGCUGCACGUACUAAUUUUCACCGUGUCGGAAAAUUUCACCCUUAACUGUGAUACGCAGAAACGCGCCAAUUUUGAUUUUAUCAAAAACAUUCUGAUCCUGCUGCUUCAGUACGGGUUAGACUGUAACAUCACUUCCCAGCACAUUCUGCAGUCGGUGAUCGAUAUGAUUGUUAAUGUUCGUACCUGUCCUGACAUACUGUGCGUUUAUGAGCUGCUGCUAGUUUUGAUUCAGUACGGUACUGAUCCGAACAUUACGCUAAGCAACAAACUGAUGAUGAGUGGCAGUAGUAGUUCGUCCAUAAAUUACGUAAACGAUUUCAUUAACUUCGGAGGUAUGCGGGCGGUUGGAACUGGUGAAGUCGCAGGCCCCAGUGGAGCGGCAACAACGGGUUCAUCAACGGCGAACGGAGCGGGAGCAACCAACAACGGUAGUGGUAGCGACAAUCUACGAAGUUCAUUCCGAAAUAACGCACGUAACUAUCUGCUGUUCUAUUACAUUAUGCUAAUCACGCGAAAAGAGUUCAUCUUACUCGAUCGUGAACAGACCUACCAACGUAUUAUACACUUGUUUUACUAUUCGAUGAAGCAUGAUACGCUAUUCAACUGCCUCAAAUCGCUGCACAAUCUGUUUAUAGCGCAGGUACCGAACAAAUCUAUCGAUAGUUUGAGGCAUCUGAUUAUAACGCUCUACAAGAAACCUCGCAGCUUGAAGCAACUGUGCAGGGUGUGUAUAUAUAAUAGUCUAAACAAGAAGCUGGCACCGAGCAUAAAUCGUCUAAAUCUUCCGCUUCCGUUGAAAGAGUACGUACUGAACUUCGAAGGGUAGACAGUUGCCUAUAUACAGCCCAUUCUCUCUCUAUGAAUAUAAAUGUCCGCGUUUUCAAUGUUAGGUAUUGUGUAAAUAGGCUAUAAUCGAUAAUGCUGGAACAGGAUACAGAAGCAUUAUAUCGAAAACAAGAGUGUUAACUGAGUACACAGAGAAUGUAGGAAAAUACCACAGAUGCAGCAAAUAUUUUGUCCUGUCUACUUCUUUCUUUUCACAUCAUUUUUCGCCACAAUUACGAAAAAUAAGGAAUAUAUUCGCUUUAUCUUACAGUCAACUCAACACAUGUUUACAUGACCACGCUGCUGUGUUUUAAAAUAUUUCGAAGAAAUACAAGUUGGAUAUAUGAGAGUAA